AAAACACAACAUAAACCUCACACAGUCAGGCGGCAGCUGCAGAGCAAGACGAGGAUAAACAAACAAACACCAACACGAUUUCGAGCCUAACGGUAAUGCACACGGACGGAAGGAAGUGAAGAACGCGAAUGAGGAGAAUUUGAUGUGAUAGCGGGCUAAAACCCAACUGCAGAAGGAGAGAUGAUUUGUGGUGGUCUCAUUGAUAAGAAAAGAAGAAACUUACAUGUGUAGUAGAUAAAUUGUAAAGAAAUUACAAAAAUCAAUUUUCACAAGUGUCACUUAACAAGGACCAGAGUAUAAUAGUGUUGUCAAAUGCAAAAUUGCUCCAUGUUUCUGUGAAUACAAACAAAAAAACACCUUCUUUCAAACUGUAUACUUGUAUUGUGGACUCCAACAUAACUCUCCCUACUCCUAUACGACUCAGAGGAGAGAACAAAGAAACAAAACAUUUUGACAUGUGAACUCUGCCUGCAAAAUCAUUCUCCUUCUUUGUCUCUACUACCCGAUUUGCAUUUAGAUUUAUUAAGAGUGUGUAAAUGUUGUGUGAAUUAUUGCCAAAAUCGCGUGCUGCGGACAGACAGAAGAAGAAUGCAUUUAAAGUAGCUCGUCAUAAAACAAAAGACUGUUGCUUCCAACAUCGAACCGACCACCAAAAUCACGCACAGAAAUUUUUGCUUGUCGCCUAUUUGUCUGUCUGUUCGUUGCAAGUUCCGGUGUUAUUGGGGAGAAUAUUAAAAGUGCGACUAUGCUCAUAAGUACGAUGAAAGUAUUGGUUGCACUUGGCCUCAGUCUAAUGUUUACAGUUUCUUUGUUAAAACUGACGAUUAUAUUUUGGCAUGAGUAUCCUAUAUUUGUGGAAUACAUUUUCGGCACCGACCUACCCACUGUGGAUCAGUGGCUGGACGAGAAUAACUUAACGGACUAUCAUGAAUUAUUUCGAGAAAAAGGCAUAUCAUCUCUGUCAAGUUGUGGCGAUCCUGAUCGCCUUCCCGAACUGCCGCCUGGCGAUGAACAACGUCUACAAAGAGCCGCCAUGCAUUUGCAACAGAAACUCAUAUUGCGAGAAUGGUUAAAGGAUCAUCGUCUACAGCAUCACUACCAGCGUCUGCUCAAUGUUGAAGUGGCUUCUCUCGAAGAUGUUUAUUGGCUAGAGGAUUCAAGAGCCAGUAAAAUCCUUGGCAAGGAUUGGCAACUGUGGUCACAAGCCCGACAAAAUCUGCCCACAUCGAAAGCUCAACUGGAUGCCCUUAAGGCCCAGCUCUGGUCAACCGUAGUGAAGUCCAGUCAACAUCAAGAUGCCUGGACCUGGGGUGGUAUGUUGGUCGUCUCCGUCUCGGUGGCCGGCUUAGUUACAUUGGCCGCUAUGACCCAACCUUCCUUAGCUCCGGAGGCACGCCACUCCUUGCUGCAAUAUGUUACAGGCAAAUAUCUACUGCCAGCUAAUUGUAAAGUCCAAUGGGACUGGAAAGAUCCUGCCGUUGUAGGUGGCACUAUGUGCUUUGUGGUACGCUUCUAUCAGCGCAACGGCCAGCCUUAUCCCAUCUGUGAUACAGAUCAGUUUUUCGUUGAAGUCACCGAAGGCACCCGCAAAAUGGUUACCAUCAGUGAACUGGGUUCACCAACCGAUCCCAACAAUGCCAAUAUAGCCAAAGUUAAAUUCACCGUACGUACAGCGGGACAAUACAAGAUCUCUGUGAUGAUCGGCUCAAGUCAUAUAGCGGGUUCGCCGUUUACCAAAACCUUUGUACCCGGGCCCAUAGACGCCAGACGAUCCAGAUUCAUUAGACCGGCAAGCACCGUCGUUUGUUGUGCUGGGUCGCCGACAUUAUUGCAUAUCGAGCCGAGAGAUGAAUUUGGUAAUGCCUGUCAGUUUGAACAGAGCGAUGACCCAGUAAAGGGUUAUCAUGUAGAAACAUACGAUUUAAAUGGCCAGCCAUUGGAGAAACUGCGUAAUGCCAUUGCUUUCUCGUAUGACCGCGUGAAUGCACGCGUUGCCGUGACAGCACUUUUCCCGGAGCCCAUAUGUCUACGUGCCGUAAUAAGUUACCUUGAGCAAAAGUUACCCAAUGGUGACUUUGAUAUUAUAGUUUUAAGCAGUAGUGACACCACAUUGGUGCAUAAGAAUAUUGCUUCGCGUAAGCACAACAUUUGCUAUGAGGCACGACUUUUAAGUAUAUUCGGGGCAACCAAGGCGAAGCCUCGCAAAGUGCUGUGUUCGGUGGGUCCCAAACAAGACUCCCUUAUUUUUCAGGUUACCAUUAAGGAGAUGAUUCUCAAAUUCAUACCUAAACGUAUUGCCACCUUCCGGCUGUGUCCCUCAACUAAAUUUCACUUUCUACCCCAGCUACCGACACAUGUGCAUGGUCCCAUCUUUAUUAUAGAUGAUGGGGCACAGCCCAAAAUAGAAUUGGCCUCGAGGGAUCGCAACAUAAUUGCUGCUACAUUUACACACUUUCUGUUGAAGAAUAUCGGAGGUUCGGAGACAUUUAAGGAUAAGCAGGAUUUUUUCUACCACGAGGUGCGUAAAUUCCAUGCCAAUUACUAUCAUGAAAAGUUGGCGCUUAAAGUACAGCGCGAAAAGAUUUUGGAGAGCAGUAUGAAGGCGACCAAGCAUUUUUCCGUUUCGGACUGGUGUGGUAACUUCGAAGUCACAUUCCAAGGAGAGCAAGGCAUUGAUUGGGGCGGUUUACGCCGCGAAUGGUUCGAACUGAUUUGUAGCUCUUUAUUCGAUCCACGAGGUGGGCUAUUUUGCAGUUUUCAUGAUAAGCGUCAAGCUCUGGUGCAUCCAAACCCCCACAGGGCAUCACAUUUGAAGUUAAAGCAUUUCGAAUUUGCUGGUAAGAUUGUGGGCAAAUGUCUAUACGAAAGUGCCUUGGGUGGUACAUAUCGCCAGUUGGUGAGAGCCAGAUUUACCAGAUCGUUUUUGGCCCAAUUGAUUGGUUUAAGAGUGCAUUAUAAGUACUUUGAACAAGAUGAUCCCGAUUUGUAUUUAUCGAAAAUCAAAUAUAUACUCGACACCGAUUUGGAUGCAACUGACUCAUUGGAAUUAUAUUUCGUGGAGGACAUUUACGACGCCAGUGGUCAAUUGACCAAAACAAUUGAGCUCGUGCCCAAUGGUUCGAAAGUGCGUGUUACUAAUUCUACCAAAAAUCAAUAUUUGGAUGCUUUAGCUCAACAAAGGCUGUGCAAUAGUGUGAAGGAUGAAGUGGAUAGUUUCCUGAAGGGUCUCAAUGGUAUAAUACCAGAUAAUUUGUUAAGUAUAUUCGAUGAAAAUGAAUUGGAGUUGUUGAUGUGUGGAACGGGCGAGUACUCUAUUGCAGACUUCAAAGCGCAUCACAUAGCAAAUGGCAACUCAUCGGAAUUUCGUCGGGUGUUGGCCUGGUUUUGGGCCGGUAUCAGUAAUUUCAGCCAAACCGAAAUGGCCCGGCUGCUGCAAUUCACAACUGGCUGUUCACAAUUGCCACCUGGAGGUUUCCAAGAGCUUAAUCCACAAUUUCAAAUAACCGCUGCCCCCACUUUCGGAAAUUUGCCAACAGCUCACACAUGUUUUAACCAACUUUGUUUGCCAGACUAUGAAAGCUAUGAACAAUUUGAAAAGGCUUUACUUUUGGCCAUUAGUGAAGGCACUGAAGGUUUCGGCAUGGUUUAGAUUAAGUUGGAUGCUGUUUACAAUCAUUGGAUUCUUUGUGUGCCGAGUAUUUAUAUUUGUAUAGUAUGAAGUGUGUUCCUUAACUUAAGUUACACUAUAUGUAGUUAUAUAGAGCGCUGUGGUGUUAAUGUAAACGGUGGGUUUUGGAAAAACAAAUUUCCUUAGCGAUCGGGAGCGGUUUUAAUCAUAGCUUAUGUGGAUUAAUUCGGACUUUUACUUACUUUAUUUUGUGACAUUUUCUUUUAUUUUACUCCAUUUAAUUUUAUUUAACUAAAGAAAAGAGCUUUUUCUUCUCCAAGCGUUCUCUCCAAUUUCUGACACCUACUACGAGGACUAGACUCUGCGGCCCUGGUUCCCAGCAUUGUAACCGUCAGCUGUGCUUUAUCUCUUUCAAACCUUUCGAAGGCGAUAGUUACCGUUCUCAAUGAUAAAGCGAGCAGCAUAUCUUAAAUGGAGCUUCAAAUAAUACGAGGGUUUAUAAGUUUCUGGCUAAGGCAACACCAAGUGUUUCUGCUGUUUACAGUGACUUGAAAAAAUAAAUUUUACAAAACAAGUAAAUUUUACAAAACAGUGCAAAGUUCGGCCGGGCCGAAUCUUAAAUACCCUCCACCAUGGAUCAAAUUUGUCGAGUUCUUUUCCCGGUAUCUUGGUUUGCUGUUUCAGGCUAUAGACCGAUGCUGUUUCUGGCUACGGAUCGGUUCAGACCAUAUUAGACUCAUAUGUUGAAGGUAAUGGGAGAAACCGUUGUACAAAAUUUCAGCCAAAUCGGAUAAUAAUUGCGCCCUCUAGAGGCUCAAGAAGUCAAGAUCCCAGAUCGGUUUAUAUGACAGCUAUAUCAGGUUAUGAACCGAUUUAAAUCAUACUUAGUACAGUUGUUGGAAAUCAUGAUAGAACACGUCAUGCCAAAUUCAACCAAAUCGGAUAGUAAUUGCGCCCUCUAGGGGCUUAAGAAGUCAAGACCCUAGAUCGGUUAAUAAAUGACAGCUAUAUCAGAUUAUGGACCAAUUUCCACCAUACUUGGCACAGUUGUUGGAAGUCAUACCGAAACACGUCAUACCAAAUUUCAGCCAAAUCGGAUAAGAAUUGAUGGGUUUAUAUGGCAGCUAUAUCAAAACAUGGACCGAUUUGGCCCAUUUACAAUCCCAACCGAUCUACACUAAUAAGAAGUAUUUGUGCAAAAUUUCAAGCGGCUAGCUUUACUCCUUUGACAGGCGCAGUGUAAAUAUCUGGUCUAUGGUGGAUUUCAGGUCUAAAGCUACAUAUGCCAUAUGCAAGACCCUUUCGGCCCAUCUGCAUAGCUCGUUCGGAUCCUUACCCCUUAGAAGUAUUAUAACAUCGUCUGUGUAGCAGACGAGUUCAAAUCCCUCCUCAGUCAGCAUCCGUUAUAGGUCAUUUAUGGUGGUCACCCAUAGGAGUGGCGAUAAAAUGCCCCCCUGUGGCGUGCCCUGUGCCACUUUCUCCCUUAUAUUUAUGCCAUGGGACACGCAAUUUAUCCACCUGUUCCUUAGCAUAUGGUUUAUCUAGUCUCUAAGGACCGGGUGCAACCGGUACUGAUCUAAGGAUUGGAUUAGUGUGUCGGUCCGCACAUUGUUAAAAGCCCUUUUGAUGUUAAUACAAACCGCCAAUAUGUAUGUCUUGGCAUCGAAGUAUUCUUCUAUUUUAUGCAAAACCUCGUGCAGGGCAGUCUCCACCGACCUUCCCUUGACAUAGGCAUGCUGUUUGUAUUUGAGCAGUUCGCUGGAUGUCAUACUUUUUAUCAUGGUGUCCACAAUACGUUCCAUGGUUUUGAGUAGAAAGGACGAAGGGCUUUGUUAAACGAUAGUCUUUUGUCAUGAUUCAAUUGCAAAUGGAAUUUUAAUGUCAACAAUUAUCAAAGCAAUUAGUAACUUUGUUAAAAAUCUUUUUAUCAAUCAAUACCAUGUUUAACUGGUCAAAUAUUUUUCUGUGCAGGCAGUGUAGAUCAUGGAUUGAUUAUGUGGUAUCCGUUUGGCCGCCAUUAUCGGGAAGUAAUUUUAUUCCCAUAUCCUUAUGACACCAGCUAUGACUAUUACCAAAAUUCCUUUUUUGUCUCUAUGCCUGUACCCAGGCCAUCGGUUUGAUAUUGAAUUCUUUAGUAGACUUUCCGGACCUCAAACUGUCUUUUAAAUAUCUCUGUAUGAAUGCUGUUUGACAUCAAAAAAGUCUCCGGAUGAACACGGAACCGCUUCACAUUUCAAAGCAAACACGUAAGCCCUAACGCAUGUUUGAUGUAUGAAUGCCGACGAUUUUCCCAAAAACACCGACAUUUACACCACCCAACAUUGUGCUAAAAACGAUAACACGACUAACAUGAAACCAAAAGAGUAAACCACGAAACAAAUAGGAUUUAAGGACAAACAAAUGAUUUUUUUUUUUUUGCUGUAAUUAAACCGAAAGCUCAUCAAUAUUUUCUAGCAAACGAAGAUAAAUGAAAGCAAUGUGUAACUAUGUAUUUACUACAAAUACUGCAGACCGAAAUGGACAAUGAGCAUUUUUCAAAGCAAUACGUAACGGAAACGGAACUCAAAAAUUCAAAUAUGUCAAUAUCUUAGUUGUUGUUUUAUUAUUGUGAGAAAAAAAAGAAUAAGCAAAUCGAUAACGUAUGUACAGAACUAAGGAAAAAUAAAUAAGCGAUCCCAUAGAAAUCCCAAAAGCGUAUCAACAGCAAAUAUUGUGAUAAUUGUGUAAAGAAAAACCAAACAAGAAAUCUCAGUGUAAAAGAGUCACAAGACAGAGUUUAAGGCAAAAUGUAUGAAUGAAUAAACAACUACUCGAUUUUAAUUUCCAUUUUAUUUGUAGUUUUACAAGGACUCUAGCGUAAGCGUCAGUUUUGUUUUUUGGCUCGAUCGAAGACUAUAUAAAACCGAAACAUGUGCGUUGACAGAUAGAGUCUUGAAUCUCUAAAAAAUCAGAAAUCGGCUUAAUUUAGCAUUUUAGAUUGUUAAGCCUACAAUAACUUAAGAUAAGAUGGUAUGUUCGAAUAAUACCUACUUGAAAUCAAUCGAUUAGAAAUUCUUUGGAACGAUAUUUACUUAGCAUUGAAGAACAAACGAAAAUCAACCUAUUCUUUAUAGUUGAACGUAUUAGAAUUUUGCAAUAAUACUCGUAAGCUUUUGAUCCUAUCAAGAGAAAAGUGUUAACAGACCAAGGAAAACAAAAAAAAAAUAAAUAAA